AAAUAAUCAUGGAGUGUAAAAUAACACUUUCGCUGAUAUGUAUUUUUUUUCUAAUAAUUCCGAAUGUUUAUCCUCAGGGAACCACAUUGAAGCAAAUUAAACAAGCCACGGGUAUUUUGGAAGCAAUUUCAGGCAAAGACCUCGCCAAAUAUCUUACAAUAAAGGAUGUGGAUUUGAAAGGAGGAUCGUACAUCAAAAAUAUAAAGAUAACUCAUGUUGACAUACCGAAAAUAUCGAUCAAGGGUGAUUGGAAGAAAAAUAUUAUUGUCGAAGCAUCAAAUAUUGGACUAGGAGUAACAGCUGACUGGCGGGUAAAAAAGCGUGUUUUAUUUAUAAGAUAUCGGGAGAGUGGUACUUUAAGAGCAUCUGUUUCCAACGUGUCAUUCAAAGUGACCUUGAACACGCGCACAUUUAGUGUUGCGAAUUGUUCUGAAUCAAUUGGUUCGUUUAAAGUCAAACUAAAAGGCAAACUGUUGGCAUGGGUUAUAAGAACAUUCGUGAAUGUUGACAAACUGUUAAAGCGGAAGCUUAAAGGACAGAUAUGCAAGGCCAUAAGUAAAGAGAUCAAUAAGCAUUCAUCAAAAAUUUCAAGAAUACUUCAAGGAUAAUGAAGAAGUAUUAUAA